GACAAAUAUUACAUUGCCAUAUCGGAUCGGAACAGCAUUCAAAUUUUUCUUCCAAAAUUUUCUUUCCAAAAUUGUAAAUUUAAUUUAUAAGAAUAAAGAAAAGAAAAUGCAUGUUGUUAUGAAAUAAUCGCAGUGACAGUAAAAAAGUGUUUGCAAAGCUAAAAACAUAACAAAAACUAUAAAAAUCAAAAAUGAACUCUGAGUUCAUAGCAAAAUCUCUGAAGUUCCACGGCCAGCCAUUGCAAAAGAUCUGGGCUGGCGAGCGUGGUGACCACGACCUCUAUCAGCUUGGCAUCACCAAUCCCGACUUUUCUGUCUACUUCGAGAGACAGAAGAAUCUAACCUUUCAGGACCGUGCCAAGCGCUUGAAACUCCAUCAAUUCCUUGCGCGAAACGCAGAAAGGCUCUAUAGUCGCGAAUUGCAAAGCGCCAGUGUUAAUACCGGUUCGGAAACAACAACCGGCAGUCGUCAAGAUGCUACGGACAAAAUUGUACCGUUGCCGCCUUAUGAGUACUUCUUGAACACGGCGGGUCAGGAGAAGUCUAAGGUGUGUCAUAGCACGUUGGAUGCAGUGAAACCGGGCCAUAUUGUUUAUGGCAUUGUAACAAAGACAACCGCGACGGCAAUUUUGGUGAAGGUGUUGUGCACCCGCGAGCCGCUGGUGCGCUACCUAGCAGACAUAAAUGUCAAGGCGCACGUUCCUAACAACUUCAUGGUCCCAGGAUACGAUGAGAAGGGCAAUCCCAAAAACUACGCUGCAAACGUUUUUGUUUGUUGCGAAGUUCUGGAUAUUUCGGUGGACGCCGAUCGCAUGACGCUCGGCAUGAAGAGAGUUCUCACCAAGGAUACCUCAGCCCCGCUGGGACUCAUCCUGCCGGAACAAAUUCCCGAUUAUUACAGGAGAAUCAUAAGCGAAUCCUCGGAUAGCUACAUGGACUACUUGCGCAGUUCGAAGGUGUUCCACAACACGAACUGCUAUGAGAUUCUCUAUCAGGAGGUGGGCUUGGACAUAAAUGACACCUUCAGUCAUAUGGCAAGUCUCAAACACCGCUACCCCACCCAGGACUAUGCCAUCGAGCUGAGGCAGACUCAGGCCAGCAAAUGGGCUUUUAGGUCCGUGGCCGAUGGAAUUGAGCACUUUAAAAUUGGCCGGCACGUUGAGGCUUUUCAGUGUCUGAACAAAGCACUGAGCAUCGAUCCGAGGAAUGUGGAGGGGUUGGUAGCGCGCGGAGCACUCUACGCCAACAAGGGAUCAUUUGUCAAGGCCGUGGAGGACUUCGAGACGGCAUUGAAGUUGAAUUCGUUCCACACGAAUGCCAGGAAAUACAUGGGUGAGACUUUGGUCGCUCUGGGCAGGAGCUAUGAGGAGGAAAACAAAAUGGAGGAGGCCGUCAAGGCCUAUCAGAAUUGUCUGAACAUUAUACCCAACCACGAACAGGCAAGGAUCUCGUUGGAUGCCCUGAUGCGACGCCCGGGACUUGGAGGUCCAUUAAUUGACAUAAAUAUGCUCUCGAUUCCAGUUAAAUUCUCCACAGGUUCGUCGGAUUUGAAGAAAAAGAAAAAAUCAAAGCACAAAUCCUCGAGCUCCUCCUCCAGCAGUGAAGACUCAUCGGAUUCCUCAUCAGGCAGCGAUUCUUCUGAUGAUAGUUCAGAUUCAGGAGACGAUAAGCAAAAGAAAAAGAAUCGCAAGCAAAAGUCAUUGUCGCCACUUAGCAAGCGAAUGGGUGACAUGAAUUCAGGCAGCGUUGGAUCAUCAGGUUUUGAAUUUAGUCAACCUUUUCAUUUGAUCCAGAAAGAUUCACAAACGGAUUAUAAUGAAAUGGAUGACUUUUUGGGAGCAGGAGCGGACGAUGACUAUGAGACACGAGUUCAAAAGCUCAUAAAAGAAGCCUCGAAACAUAAGAAACUACGGGAGGGUAAGUCUUCAACGUCUUCGUCGAAGGCGAAAAAAUCAAAGAAAAAAAAGAAGAAGGCUAAAAAAGAAGCCGCACGUCUGGAAAAGAAGUCUAAACGUGAGGCCUUUCAGCAAGAGACCGUAUUUCCAAAACCACCACCAAUGGACGCUAUCGCCUUGAAUAAUAGUCUUGAAAAGUACGAACGAAGUAUUAUGGAGCUGAAUGCUUUUCAAAAGCCGCCACCGGCAAAAGCAACGAUGGAAAUCAUUGAUCUAGACAACGAGGAACCACCUCCGGCGCCGUCCUUCAACCGGGCUGUAAAACCUCGAGCGGAAUCGCCAAUACCCCCAGCACCGAAAUCUUCGAAAAUAUCCAUAAAAAUACAGAAUCCUGGACCUUCGUCUUCUGCUUCUUCGAGUGCUCGGGGCGCUCAGGUGCCUCCGCCGCCGACGACGGCGAUAAACUCUUCGUCUGCAGCACAGAAUAGAUCGUCACGAUUCAUGCCGGGCAUGAAAGAGCAGGAGAACAAUUCCUUUAAACCGUUCCCCAUUAAGGGCCCAGUGGUUCUGGACAAAUUCGGUUGCUUUCGUCUGGCUACAGUUCCGGCUACCGAUAAUCUGGCUGAUCAGCGAGACAAAAUGCAUAUUUAUUCUCGCACCAACAUCCAUUGUCGUUCGAGUUCGCGUUCACUGUCUCGUUCGCGGUCGAGGGGGCGUAGUAGGCGUAAGUCGAAGUCCCUUACCAGACACCGGUCGAAGUCGUCUGACAGGAAUGGGGUGAAGGGGCGUUCGCGUCGUUCUCGAUCAAGGUCUCGUUCACCACGUUCACGACGUACUCGGCGUCGUUCUCGUUCACGUUCUAGAUCACGUGGACGCCGGCCUUCCAGAGGAGGUCGACGACGUUCACCACCAACAAGGAGGCGCUCGAAGACUCGAUCCCGAUCGAGAGGCCGUCGUCGCAGCCCAUCUCCGUUCAACCCCAAUCGUCGUCCUCGUCCCGGUUCACCGAUUCGUCGCCGACGAGGCAACAGUCCCGACGACCGUAAAGGUUCCUUUGGUGACAGCACGCCCAAAAAGGUCUUUGGCAAUCGAGUGUGGCAACGUCCGGUUGAUAAUUCUAAGCAGUCCAGAUGGGGUGAAAAAUUGGACAAUAAAGACAAUCCAUCAGCGUCUUCGUCUUCUUCUUCAGCCCCAGCCCCCGCCGCCGCUGCCGGUGCCAGUGCUUCUAAAGCACCCAGCGGCAUUGACGGGCGUUGGAAGCAUGAUAAGUUCGUGAAGGAGGAUGGAAUUUCUUUGGAGGAAAUUGAUAAGAUCAUCACCCAAGCUAAAAAAGAACGCAAAGAGGAGAUUUUGCAAAGAGAUAAAAAGAUACUAAAGAAAAAUCCAACUAAUAAUUUUCUAUAGGUACAAAAAUAAUAAAACAAAGCAUUGGGUUAGAAUUUUUUUUAUUUUAUUUGUUUGCUUUUGGAAUAAACUUAUUUUUAUUGUUUGAAUGAGAGCCAUUAAAAAUAUACUCAAAACUCGGGAGACUUA